AAUUGAAUACAUAGAUUCUAUCAUUACAAAUAUAUAGCCAACUUUCUCAUUAUGUAAAGACAGAAACAAAAAAUUAGAGCAAGAAGAGGGAAAUAGAGUUUUGACUUAUCAUGGAGACAAAGCAGGAACCUCAAGCCAACACCAGCACCACAAAAAGAACCUUGCUUAUUCUGAACUGCAUCCUUUUAUCUAUAGGCAACUGCGGUGGCCCUCUUAUCAUGCGCCUCUAUUUCAUACAUGGAGGCAAGCGUGUGUGGCUCUCUAGCUGGCUCGAAACCGGCGGUUGGCCAAUCCUUUUAAUCCCUCUCUUCAUCAGCUACCUUCACCGCCGGUCCACCAAUCCCCCCACUAAAUUGUUCUACAUGAAACCUCGUCUUUUCCUCGCCGCCACAUUCAUUGGUGUCCUCACUGGCCUCGAUGACUAUCUUUACGCUUAUGGAGUAGCACGUCUGCCUGUUUCAACUUCUUCUUUGAUCAUUGCUACGCAGUUAGCUUUCACUGCGGCUUUCGCGUUUCUUUUGGUUAAACAGAAGUUCACUUCUUUUUCGAUUAACGCAGUUGUUUUAUUGACUGCUGGUGCUGGUGUUUUGGCCUUGCAUACAAGCAGUGAUCGCCCAGGUCAUGAAUCCACUAAACAGUAUGCCUUAGGGUUUGUUAUGACGCUAGUGGCUGCAGCUUUGUAUGGCUUUAUCUUACCAUUGGUGGAGUUAACAUACAAGAAAUCGAAGCAGGAGAUUAGUUACACUCUCGUGAUGGAGAUUCAGAUGGUGAUGUGUCUGUUUGCUACAAUCUUUUGCACCAUAGGGAUGCUGGUUAACAAAGAUUUUAACGUGAUUCCAAGAGAAGCAAGAGAAUUCGGACUUGGGGAAACGAAGUAUUAUGUCAUACUGGUGUGGAGCGCAAUAAUUUGGCAGUGUUUUUUCUUGGGAGCCAUUGGUGUCAUAUUUUGCGCCUCCUCUUUGUUAUCAGGCAUUUUAAUUGCUGUUCUCCUUCCGGUGACAGAGGUCCUGGCUGUCAUUUUCUACCAAGAAAACUUUCAGGCAGAAAAGGGUGUCGCCCUUGCACUUUCUCUUUGGGGUUUUGUUUCUUACUUCUACGGUGAGGUGAAGGAAAGCAAGAAAAAGAAUCUUGCUCCAGGAUCGGAAAUGCCUCGAUCUUCUAGUCCGACAGAAAAUGUUUGAAGACAUCAGACAUUCUCAGAAUUCUCCACAAAUAUAUAGUAUGAUGUGAAUGAAAGCUGAAUAUUAUUGUGCCGCAUAAAAUAAACUGUCUUUGUUUGUUUGGUUGA